AUAACACAAAUUGAGAGUUAUGUCAAUGUCAUCAUUGUGUGAUGAUGAACUAGGCUUAAUACUCGAGCGGGUCCAUGACCCAUGUGACAGAAAGUCGGUCUCUUUAGUUUGCAAGCAAUGGCUGAGAGUGGAGGGUCUUACCCGCUUAUCCAUACGGGUUUUCGAACUCGAUUCCCUUCGUCGGUUCCUACCCAGAUACCCAAAUAUAGUCACAUUUGAAUGUUCAACACUAAUCAAUGAUGAUGAGCUUAAAUUCUUGGCCAAAACAUGUCCCAAGCUCGAGGUCCUUAACCUUAGUUUAGAACGCCCAUUCCACGACGAGUUUACAACUGUUUUUGAUAAUGUUUACGACGAUGGUUUAUGUGCUUUAGGAAAUGGGUGUCACAAAUUGUCGAAAGUUUUACUAAGGAGGAGAAUUUGCUGGACUGUUGUUUCGCUUGUUAAGUUGGCGCAAAAUUUGACAAUUAUGGAUUUGGCAAAGUGCUGUUUAGUUACAGAUCAAGACCUUGAAGCUAUUGGGGCAUUGAAUUCUAUUACUAUUUUGAAUUUGGAAGGCUGUUCAAUUACAGAUGUUGGAUUGGUUUCUUUGGCAACAGGGGCUUCAUCGAGGUCUUUGAAAAAGUUGGUUCUCGAGGGAUGUUAUCAAAUUACAGAUUAUGGGGUGUCAAGUUUGAGACAAAUGUGUUGCUUGGAGGAGCUUAACAUGGCAGAUUGUGGCACGAAAGUUUCGAAUAUUGGAUGUGUGGAACUUGCUGCAAUUCAAACUCUCAAGAGACUAAAUUUGUCGUGGUUGUCAAAUGUAUCAGAUCCUACACUUUUAGCACUAGCUGAGAACUGCCGGAAUUUGAAGCAGGUUGAUUUAACAGGUUGUGAGUUAAUUACUGGAGCUGGAAUUCGUGCUUUUGCAAAUCAUGGGUGUGUACAAGCUCUUGUGUUGAGUUAUUGUCGCAAUAUUUUUGCUUAUGAUUUGGAACAUUUAGCACUUGGAUGCCGCUCAUUAAAGUAUGUUGUGCUGGAUAGAGGAUGGAAAGCGGCGAUGCCUAUGAAGAUGGUAGAGAAUAUUAGCAGGUUCUGUGACAUAAUUUGUAGGCUUUAAUGAACAAAUAAACAUCAAUUUGGUUGGCUUGGAUUAUAUCCAGGCUAGUAACUGUUUGUGUCAUUUCUUGCU